AUGCCUCAGGAUGACGGAUGGAUGGCGUCUGGACUAGUCGGUCACUGGCCACUGAAUUCUAAACAUGGCGCCCGUGACGUCAGCGGCUAUGGUAAUCACGGCGUUCAGUUCGACACGGGGUUGGCGCAGGGGCCGGGGGGAGAGACUGAUGUCGAUGGAGCAUUCUACUUCAAAGGAGCUGUUGGCUCUAGGAUCGAGUUUCCCAACAACGGAGCCCUGGCCCCAACAUCCAACAUGACCAUGCAGGCCUGGGUCUACCCGGAGGGGCUAGCCGUCUCGCCCAUCUUCAGCUACCAAACGGACCUGAAGAACGAUCUCUACAAAUAUGGAGUCACCUUUUGGUUCCAUAACACUGAAAGCAAGCUUUCUGCACAAUUCGUUGACCAGGGUGGGAAAUCAUCAGCAGAAGUCAAAGCGGAUGUGAUGACGGACGGAGAGUGGCAGUUCGUGACGGCCACCUACAGCAGUAAGACAGGCCUGGUGAAGCUGUUGCCUCCGAAGAAGUAG